AUGGUAACGCAGUCGAGCAGUGCCAGGCCGCACAAGCGCUACCGAGACGACCGACCCGAGUCGGAUCGCGAACAUCGCAAAGCGCCUAGAAGACAGGAACAACGUCACGGCCAUCACCGACCGCGGCAUGAAGCUGACAGGGCCAACCAAAGGGGCGGCACAGGCGGCGAGCAUAGGGGCAGUUCCAUCGACGUGGCACAAGGCAGGGCGUACGCCGACCACGCCGAGGAAGGAGAGAUCUCCAGCAGCGCAGCCGCAGAACAGGAGGGCAGGGGAGACGUGAAAGACGACGCACCGGACGACGUCGACUACGACCUCGACGACGAUCAAAAGGCCGAGAAGCUGCUCGAAGAGAGCCGGAAGAGGCGGCAGGCCAUCCUGCAAAAGUACAGCGCCACCGCAUCGCCCAUCUCCAGCGCCGGCGCACCUUCGCCCGCGCAGCCCGCAUCCGUCACUGUCCCUCAAGAGUCGAGGACGGAGGCAGCGCAGAGCACCAACACUUCCACUCCUCGCAUGUCCGGCUUCUCCCUCGCAAAGGACGAUGCGGCCAUCGCUGCCGACGCCAGAGGCGCAGACGGCAUCUCUGCAGCCGACUACAAUCCCGACCUGGACAAGGCCGAGGACGAAGCCAAGCAGCAGCAGAGGCUGCGUCGUAACCUUGGCCUGCCGUUGGGUCCCGUCGGCGGCAAAGGCACCGCUGCACCCGACACGGUCGGCGGCGUCGCCGAGGGCCUGGGCGAGCCUGUAGACAAGCUGGAAGACGAGUACGAAGAGAUCGAGGUGGACGAUGACGACGACGUCGACGACAUGUUCGCCCUGGACGAAGACAGGCCCAAGAAGAAGAAGGUCAUCCGGGUGCCCAAGGGUGGAAGCGCGGCCGUAGCGCCAAUGCUGCAAAGCGACGCGGGCACGAGCGCGGCCACGCUCAACGACAACUGGGACGACCCGGAUGGCUACUACCGCAUCAUCCUGGGCGAGACGAUGGACCGGGGCCGCUACCAGGUGUUUGCCAACCUUGGCAAGGGCAUGUUUUCGUCAGUCGUCAAAGCGCGCGACCUGCAGAAUGGCGAUCGCGAGGUGGCCAUCAAGAUUGUGAGGAUCCAGGAGACGAUGUACAAGGCGGGCCUCAAGGAGAUUGGCAUCCUCAAGAAGCUGGCCGAGCUGGAUCCCGAGGACAAGAAGCACGUCAUCCGGCUCGAGGGCCACUUUGAGCACCGCGGCCACCUCUGCAUGGUGUUUGAGUCGCUCAGCAUGAACCUGCGCGAGGUGGUCAAGCGGUUUGGCAAGGACGUGGGCCUCAACCUGAUGGCGGUCAAGUCGUACGCGCACCAGAUGUUUGCCGCCCUCUGUCUGCUGCGCAAGGCCAACCUGAUGCACGCCGACAUCAAGCCGGACAACAUCCUGGUCAACGAUGCCAAGAACCUCCUCAAGGUGUGCGACCUGGGAUCGGCGUCGGAUCUGAGCGAGAUGGAGAUCACGCCGUACCUCGUCAGCCGCUUCUACCGAGCGCCGGAGAUCAUCCUUGGCCAGCCGUACGACUGCGCCAUCGACGUGUGGUCGAUCGGAUGCACUCUGUACGAGCUGGCGACGGGCAAGAUUCUGUUUCCUGGGCGGUCCAACAACCAGAUGUUGCUGCUGAUGCAGGAGCUGCGGGGCAAGUUUACCACCAAGCAGAUCCGGCGGGGUCAGUUUGGCGAGCAGCACUUUGACGACACCAACGCGUUUCUCAGCCUGGAGCGAGACAAGAGCACUGGCCAGGCUGUGGUACGACGGGUGGUGGUGCAGAAGCCGACAGAGGACCUGCGGGCGCGGCUGCUCCCCGGCAACGCGGCCAAGAGGCUGCGCGAGGGUGAGCUGCGGCUCAACAACCACUUUAUCGACCUGCUCAACCGCUGCCUCGAGUUGGACCCGUCGAAGCGCAUCACGCCCAAAGAGGCGCUGGCGCAUCCGUUCCUAACGUCGCCGUAG